CGGAAGCCUCUGUGGGGGUGGGAGUGCGGCGACAACUUCCGUUCGUGAUGGCGGCCCCCGUGGUGUGCAGAAGCGCGGCGGGGCUGCUCAGGGCCGGCCUCCCCGCCGCGCGCAGAGCCCUGUGUCGUCGCGUCCUGAGUGUGCCGAAUGUGCGGGGCCCCUUGCUCGCUCUCCCCGCCGCCCAACCCAGCCCUGUCGGUGUCCACCUGAGGGGGUUGUCAACUCUCCUGAGCGGUCUCCGCAUAGGCACUGCCGUCUCUCCAAGCACGCAGGCGAGCAUUGGAGCUCUCCGCGUGCUCGGGCAGAAUAAGGUAACGGGAACGCUUGGACAACCUCCUCGCCGGAGCCUCAUCUACUUCAGCAAGGGAAGGGGGAAGCGCAAGACGGUGAAGGCUGUGGUGAAGCGCUUCCUGCGGCUGGACUGCGGCCUAUGGCUGCGUCGUCAGGCCGGGUGCAAGAAGCGCCUGUGGAAGAAGCGCAAGCCGCGCAUUCGACGACUGCGUCAGCAUGUGCUGUGCAACAAGUGGCAGUCAAAGUUGCUCGACAAGAUGGUGACCGACUUCUGGAAGCGCCGCAAGUGGUACGAGAACGACCCGUACCAGCUCUACCAUGAACGCACCAACUUCAGGGCUUGAAUGAAGCUGACAGUCUGGGUUCAGUUGAUUUGCACCUCGCUGAUGGUACAGUAUAGCGUGCCAUGCCCUCAAAGAAAAUUGGACCGAUUCAGCAAUGAAAGGUGCCACAGUGUAAAAUUACUGAGAACUCACUAUGGAUGCUUUUUCCACCCGUGAUGCCCCAAACACAGGUUUCAUCUGUAAAUUGCAUGUGUACAUGCUUAAAUAUCAUGGCUUACUGGCUAAGUUACAAGAGUGCUGCGUGUUGCCACAGGAUGUUAACUUUACAUUUUGCAGACCUCCAGUACUGAUGUUGCAGGAUGGAAUAUUUACGCAGCAACAGAGUUGAUUAAAACUCCCAGUGCUCAUUUGAUGCCAUCUUGUGACAUUUGAUACACAUGUACACAGUAUAAACAUGUGCACUGUAUAUAUAACAUUAAUGUAUUCUGCUAUAUAGGUACAUAAAUACCCCAAGUACAUAUAUACAGUAUACGUAGUGUACAUACACGUGUGUGCAGUGUAUACCAAAAGCGGUUGCACAUUGCUAAGUCCACCGUUAUGUUGCAUUGACAUAGUUGGAUAUAAGUUUUGGACAAAGACAACACCCACCAUGCAAUAUUAGCUGUGAUGCCAGAAACACAAGAAGUCUUACAGACACACAUAACAAAGCAGCUCAUCUUAGGAAUACCCCCAUAUGCUCUAUUCCAUAAAGUCAGACCUUAUAACACUUGCCAUAUUAAACACCAGCCCAUUACAAUCAUCUUUGCUGUGGUGCUUAUUAAGCACUAUUGGAAAUUGUAAAGGUAAUGCCUGAUAAUGAUGAGUGCAUAUCAAAAAACCCAAAUAACGCUUGUUAAUGUGGAUCAACUUUGAACAGGUUACUCUCAAAAGCAGUUGCAUUUCUGUAAACAUUCAUGAAUGGUCAUAAAUAUCUUGACAAAAAAUCCUUCCAACUGAGUAUGUGUUGUGCGUUGUGUUACAAAUGUGCCUUUUAGCAUAUGCUUGAACAGUAUAUGGUGCAUUGUGUGUGUACAAUAUAUUAUAUUUUGAGACUUGAAA